AGAUCAACCAUGGCACUCUACGACAUGAAAGAGCUGCCACAUCUUGUGAAGCCAGCCUCAUUGAUACUCAUAAUACUCCAAAUUAUAUUCGUAUUCGCUCCUGGUUACCGAGGAUUCGGAUGGUUCGUCAUCAUGACCACUAUAAUUCAGUUGAUAGUUGGCGUAUUGGUCUUGUUGGGUAUGCUCGUCGAUAUUGGCUUGGUACGAACGUCAAUGUGGGCAGUAGCGGAGAUUGGCUACAGCGCUGCAUUUACCCUCUUCCAAGCCAUAAACUUCUUCUUCUUUCUUGUCAACGUGUUUGGUCAUUUUAACUUCUGGCUGUUACUUGGAGUGUUUACAUCUGCCCUCCUAUGCCUGGUCUGGUUGUUCAACGCAUUCCAGUGGUGGCGUGCCCGUACUCCACCACCACCCAGCCAACCUACAACUACACCACCGCCUCCCAAGUUCACACCAUCGUAUCCAGCCGGUGUCAACCCGGCUUAGGGAAAAAUUGACUAUUUAUCGACAGUCCGCACAAUCUGUUCCACUUGUGUAGGCCAACGGUGGCUACCGCAAUUUUGUAAAAUACUACAAUUGUAUAUGUAUAUUGAUGAUGUAAUUGAUUUACAAAUUUUUGAGGAAUGAAUGAAUAUGAGAUGAUU